CAUGUUGUGAGCGGAAGCCGGGCGCGAGCGGCGGCUGGGUGGGAGGGCGGAAGCGCGGCCCCGCCUAGCGGCGGGGAGGGGAGAGGCGGACGGCGGCAGCCCGCGGCCGUCCCCGUCUCCGCAGUCGCUGCCGCCGUCGUGAGAGCCGGCCGGGGGUGCCCCGCGCCCGCGCCAGGGCUCGCUGCCUGCCUCGCCGCCGCCGGCGGUGUGGUGAAGCGGGGCGCGGGGUCCGCGGGCGCCGGGCGGGGAAGAUGCCCCUGGCGCAGCUGGCGGACCCUUGGCAGAAGAUGGCUGUGGAGAGCGCGGCCGAGAGCAGCACGGAGAAUGGACAGCAAAUUGUGGAUGAACCAAUGGGAGAAGACGAUAUCAACCCACAAGCUGAAGAAGGAACUAUCAAAGAAAUUGCAAUAACUCAUCAUGUAAAGGAAGGACAUGAGAAAGCAGACCCUUCACAGUUUGAACUUCUGAAAGUACUAGGACAAGGAUCCUUUGGAAAGGUAUUUCUUGUCAAAAAAAUCUCUGGAUCAGAUGCUCGACAGCUUUAUGCAAUGAAGGUAUUAAAAAAGGCCACCUUGAAAGUUCGAGAUCGAGUUCGAACAAAAAUGGAACGUGAUAUCCUAGUAGAAGUUAAUCAUCCUUUUAUUGUCAAGUUACAUUAUGCUUUUCAAACAGAAGGGAAGCUAUAUCUUAUUUUGGAUUUUCUCAGGGGAGGAGACUUGUUUACACGAUUAUCCAAAGAGGUGAUGUUCACAGAAGAUGAUGUUAAAUUUUACUUGGCAGAAUUAGCACUUGCUUUGGACCAUCUACAUAGUCUUGGAAUAAUAUACAGGGACCUGAAACCAGAAAACAUACUGCUUGAUGAAGAAGGACAUAUCAAAUUGACAGAUUUUGGCUUAAGCAAGGAGUCAAUUGAUCACGAAAAAAAAGCUUACUCUUUCUGUGGGACAGUGGAAUAUAUGGCACCAGAAGUUGUUAAUCGACGAGGCCAUACACAGAGUGCAGACUGGUGGUCUUUUGGUGUUUUAAUGUUUGAAAUGCUCACUGGUACUCUACCUUUCCAAGGGAAAGACAGAAAAGAAACCAUGACUAUGAUUCUCAAGGCCAAACUUGGAAUGCCUCAGUUUUUGAGUCCUGAAGCACAGAGUCUUCUCAGAAUGCUCUUCAAAAGAAACCCAGCAAACAGAUUAGGAGCAGGUCCAGAUGGAGUUGAAGAAAUUAAGAGACAUCCAUUUUUUUCAAAAAUAGACUGGAAUAAAUUAUAUAGGAGAGAAAUUCAUCCCCCUUUUAAACCUGCAACUGGCAGACCUGAGGAUACAUUUUAUUUUGAUCCUGAGUUUACGGCGAAAACUCCAAAAGAUUCACCUGGUAUUCCACCUAGCGCUAAUGCACAUCAACUUUUUCGGGGAUUUAGUUUUGUAGCUAUUGCAUCAGAUGAUGAAAGCCAAGCAAUGCAGACCGUUGGAGUUCAUUCAAUUGUCCAGCAGUUGCACAGGAACAGCAUUCAGUUUACUGAUGGAUAUGAAGUAAAGGAAGAUAUUGGAGUUGGGUCUUACUCUAUCUGCAAGAGAUGUAUUCAUAAAGCUUCAAACAUGGAGUAUGCUGUAAAGAUCAUUGACAAGAGUAAAAGAGAUCCAACAGAGGAAAUUGAAAUCCUGCUGCGCUAUGGACAGCAUCCAAAUAUUAUUACCCUAAAAGAUGUGUAUGAUGAUGGAAAAUAUGUAUAUGUAGUAACAGAACUUAUGAAAGGAGGAGAACUGCUGGAUAAAAUUCUUAGGCAAAAAUUUUUCUCAGAACGGGAAGCUAGCGCUGUCUUGUUCACAAUAACAAAAACUGUUGAAUACCUCCAUGCACAAGGGGUUGUUCACAGAGACCUGAAACCUAGCAAUAUUCUUUAUGUUGAUGAAUCUGGUAAUCCAGAAUCGAUUCGAAUUUGUGAUUUUGGCUUUGCAAAACAACUGCGAGCAGAAAAUGGUCUUCUGAUGACUCCGUGCUAUACAGCAAAUUUUGUUGCACCAGAGGUUUUAAAGAGGCAAGGUUAUGAUGCUGCCUGUGACAUAUGGAGCCUUGGUGUUCUACUUUAUACUAUGCUUACUGGCUACACUCCUUUUGCAAAUGGUCCUGAUGAUACCCCAGAGGAGAUUUUGGCCCGAAUAGGUAGUGGAAAGUUCUCUCUCAGCGGUGGUUAUUGGAACACAGUUUCAGACACAGCUAAGGACCUUGUUUCAAAAAUGCUUCAUGUUGACCCACAUCAAAGAUUGACUGCGGCCCAAGUACUUAGCCACCCCUGGAUAGUUCACUGUGACCAGUUGCCUCAAUACCAGCUGAACAGGCAAGAUGCUCCCCAUUUGGUGAAGGGUGCAAUGGCAGCAACCUACUCUGCUUUGAAUCGUAAUCAGUCACCAGUUCUGGAGCCAGUCGGCCGUUCUACUCUUGCUCAGAGGAGAGGUAUAAAAAAAAUUACCUCAACAGCCCUGUGAAGUGACCUCAACCAGAUGUUUGGUACCAUGGUAUAAGAUGAUAGCACAAAUCAUGGCGACAGGUAGCACAUAUCUGACAGAUACCUGCAAGCACACUCUGUCCCAGCUGGUACCUAUAAUGCUGCUGCUCCUGCUGCUGCUACUGCUUUCAUCUAUUCUCGCUUUAAACUGUUGAUGGCAAGUUACUGAUCUUACUGGAGCUUCAGAUGGAGUGAUGAGUGGAAACACAAUGAAAACUAUCAUGUUCACGAUCGAAUAAACCAGAAGAAUUAUGAACACCACCUCUGUCAAAAAUACACUGAAUAAAGCACUCUGCACCACAUAGCAUUAUUUUUAUAAGGAAUAUUUUUUGUCCCCUAAGAUAUUCUUUGUUCCCUAAGAUAUUCUUUGUUACAGGUAGAGAUGGACAGUUUAUGUUAAGCACUUAGCUUAAACAAUUUGUUUAUAUUAGCACUAUAUACUUUGUGCCAUCCAACAUUUUGUAUGUUUUUGUAAACAGCUCAUAAGCAGUACAUUUCUGUGCUGUUUUCUUUAAUGUAUACAUGCCUUGUUUUACUUAGAUUUUAUUAAUCAUUUUGACAACUAAGUCUGAUUAAACAGUUCAUCUGGAUUAAUCAGUAUUGUUGGACAGCUCUAAAAGAAGCCUGACUGUUAAACAGCUAUUGAAUGUAAUACUAUGAAUAUGUAUUUCUCCUUGCCUGUGUUUUUUCUACAUUUCCAUGUUUUUGAAUUUGCAUGUCAUGUUAUGAAAAUCAGAAUACUGUUUGUAGUAUUCCAAAUUUAAACAGUGGGUCUCUCACCAUACUAUAUAUACAAUAGAUAAUAUAACCCAGAGGAAAAAUAACUCGCUCCAUAUCUCACUGUCUUUUGUCCCCCCUCUCUUCCCUUUUAUUCUCUCCUGUCUAAUCUCUGGACUCAGGAAUCAUUGCUAAAUACUUUCUGAUAGAGGACAUUUCUGUAUUGUUUAUUCUUAUAAUCCAUUGUUAAUAUUUUAUCUCUGUUCUAACUUUUAUUAUAAGCUGCAAAGGAUUUGUUCAGUGAAUGUUGGCAUUAUAGAAGAAAGGCAGUGUUGAAGAUAAAGCAAAACAUAAUGUCCACUAAUAAGCAGAAGCUUGAAAAAGUAGGUUUAAACUACAUUCAUUAUGGUUGCAAAACUGAUUAAGCUAAUGUUCAGUCAGUUAUUGUCUGAUACUUGUAAUUAAUAGCCAAAGCAAAAUGAGAGAAGAAUCAUCCAGGUCUGUCUGGGGUGGGGAACUAUCAUUAUAACUGAACAUGAAAAUAAUAUUUUAAAGGUCAGGUUAAAACAAAACUGUUCAAAGUCAGUGUUCUUGCUUUUCCCUAGAUAGAAGCAAACUUGUAAUGAGAGUGAAAGACUCAUAGUUUAAAUACUGGUACAAGCCUUUAAUAAUCCUGGCCUCUUGGUGUCUUAAGUAGUUAGAGGCACGUGUCUAGCCUUGAAAGAUCAGUUGCCCAAAUGAGGUGGUGUACUGGACUGUGUCUGAACUUAGUGAGUAUCCCAUUUCACCAAAAGAAUAUGCUACAUCAACUCACUCUAGAUAGGAAAAUGGCCAUUGUAGGAAUUCUAGCUUUAAUCAAACAAUAGGUGCAAGUUAGCAUUUUGUACAAGGUAUUUUCUUGAUUAGUGGUAUUAGGAUUCUCUUAUAGUGAUUAAUUUUCUAGUUUCCCUGAAAUCAUAAGAGUUUUGUUGAAAGGGAGAACCAUUUUUAUGACACCACUGACUUGCUCUAUAUGAAUGAAAACCUUCCUUCUGUUGCAAGAUUUUCUGAGUUCCUUGGGGAAGCUUCCUUUGUUAAGCUUGCAAGGGAACCAGUUUUAUUGCCCUUCUUGAAAAUCUGAUAAAUAUUUAAUCCUUCAUAAUUUGCUCUGAUGCUGAUCUCCUUAAUUUGGCAAAGCUAGCUGCUAGACUCCACAAAUCAAGUUCCAUUACUUCAUCAGACCCUGAUGAUGGAGACUUGUUUUUACAUAUACAGUCUUUAUACCUUACUUUUUAUUGUAAAAGAAUCACUUUUAUGCCAAGGAUUCUUAAAUUACCAUAAUCUCAGAAAUUUGAAUGCACAACUGUUCAGAGCAAUUAGUGGGGAGGGGUUUCCCUUACUUGGUGUUGUAGUAUUAAAGAAGGUCCCUGUAGCUGUACCAAUGCAUCUAUCCGUUCUUCAAGAAACAUCUUUAAUUAGAGACAGAAAAAGGGCUUUUUUUCUUUUCCUUUUAUAAUGACUGCAGUUCCAGUAGGAUUUAGUAAAAGAUUCUUGCCUUUCAGAAAAAAGUAUCUUCAACUCUAUAAGUGAUUGCAAGUCCGAUUCACCAAAAUCAAGAAACCAUAACUUUUGGAGUUGCUUUUAAAUGUAUUUAUCUGAAGAUUGUCAUAUUAAAUCAACAAACAAGAUUUAAGACUAGUACUGUUGAAAUAAAGGGAUGGCAGUACCUGCAAGUACAUUCAUAAUGGCAUUUUGGAUCAGGAAGGAAUUUCUCCCACAUUCUAAGAGCAUAUAUAUAGGUGCUUGGCACAGAACAGACUAAAAGGAGGAAGCAUUAUGCCAUUUCUCUUUUGGCAAUGCGUGUUAAAAUAAUAAGUACUUUCAGUAGUUUUAUUUCAGUCAUAUUUUGCAGCCCUCUAGCUUACUGGUCUUUAGCCAAAUAACCCAGCAAAAUUAAUUCCUACAUUUUAACGUAUCUACAUUCUGAAGUAAGCUGUUAGUUUAGACUAGACUUUAAAGGUGUUGCUACUAUGUCAUGUAUAUAGCAGUGUAAGAACACUUUAAAUGCUAGUCAAAACAUGGCAGUUAGCAAGUGAUAACUUGAAUGUGUUAAGGUCUAGAUCCACAAUUUUUUUUAAUUAUUUUCUAAACCAAGUCAUAAAGGGUGGAUCUAUGCAGGUAGUAUGUUUUACAGGCUAGACUUAGCAGGUUUAUAUACCUUACCUCCCCUCUUGGAUCUAUAUUCACAACUUUCAUGGGUUUUUUUGUCAUGUAUUUGUAGCUGCAGUUGUUGUUAAGAAGCUAUAAAGAAAUCCACAUAAUGCUUCUUUGACAAAUCCCAGCACCUUUGUAUUAGACCAUUUGAGAAUAUAUGACCCACUGUGUAAAUUUUUGUUGCUGGACUGCAUCUUGGUCUGCAAAGCAUAGCAAAUGACUCUAGGAUAGAGAGUCAUGGAGGGGAAGAAACGAACUACAGAUACAGGUGAAUUUUUUUUAUAUAGACCAUAGUUUAUUUUUCAGUCUAAAAUUACCAGUUACUGUGUUUAAUAGCAUGAGGAAACAGUGGGAGAGAGUAGUAUCAAUACUCAUUAAAUGACAUCUGUAACUAGUGAGGGCAAAGUUCUUUAUUCAUAUCACUGUAAUACUGAACGAAACUUGGAAGGAAUUUUUCAACAGAAGUAUUUAAAGCUUUUUUUUCUUUUUUUAGAGAGCCAAGGGCAUAAGAAAAGAGAUGUAUGAUUCUGGGGGUUUUCUCUGUGUGUUUUGCUUUUAUAAUGUAGUGUACCAACUAAAGCUCUGCUUUUCUAUUAUUGUAAAGGAAAGGAUUCAAGGUAUGCUAGUCCUUGGUAAGCAGCAAUGGUUAACAGAUGAAUUUUCACAUAUGAAAAUGAUGUAAAUGAUUAGCUUUAUCUUGAUACUCUUGAUCUAAUCAAAGGGAAGUUGUACUUAUGAGGGAUGUAAUUAUUUUGCAACCUAGUUGGGGGGGAAGUCUACUUAAAAACAUUUUUAAAAAAUGACAAAAUCACAGAUAAAAUAUUUUUCUACAAUUCUAUACAAUCAUACUUUAUACUAGUUUUCUCAGCAUGGCAUGUAAGUGAGUCUAAGGUACUGUUCCAGGAAAUCAGUGGGGUAUUGUACCUUAUUCUAGACCAUUACAAUGGCAUCUGUUAGAUGCUUAGCACUGCUGUCAUAGAAUUGAAAUGCUAGUAAAAAAUUGUACUGAAUACUUUAAAUGAUUGUUUUAUUCAGAGUCUGAUCUAGGGAAUGUUCCAAUCAUGUUAUUAAUGUGUAAUUAGAACUGUUCCAGAUGUAACUAUGAACAGUUCUGGAAAGGUAUCAUUGCUUGUACCCCUGUCUAAUGGCAGGUUUUGUAGUCUUCAAAAGAAAUUGAAAUUUCUACAAUGAAUAAACUUUCAAACAUA